AUGUGGUCGUCGUCGGGGAGUGGCAAGAAGCCGGCACCUUCACCACAGGAGAUGGUCCAAGUCGACCGAUCCGAGUACGAUCCCUUUCCUCAACGAAUCGCCGAGCCCAUCCUCGACCCCUCCGCUGACGCUUCUGCCAGUUCUGCCUCGCCAUUCUGGAGACCGCCGGUGCGGGACAAUGCCCUUAAGAGGAGCGUGACCAGCCCGGCGGCCCGCGAUCCGAAUCUCGUGGUCGGCGCCGCCUACUCCCACGCCGACAUGCUCAAGUUCGACUCUCUAAGUCUAUCUCGCCCCAAGACGCCGCCCUCUUCGUCCUCGUCCAAGAUCCGAGUCCACGAAGCUUCCCCGCCCCCGCGCAAUUCGGGUCAGAGCUCCCCGCCGUUCAAGAGCUACAUCAACUUCCUCUCCAACACCAAUGACGACUGGAAAGCCGACGAAGACGAGAUGCUCGGCUACGACGAUGACGAUGGUGACGAUUUCGGGCUACCCAGCCUCUCCAACAUGAAGAGAAGAUCCAGGCGCAUAGCCAGUCAAACCACAACAGACCCCAGCGCACUCUCCCCUGCGCUGGAAGGUUCGUUCGGCUCGAAGAGCAGACGUCUCUCGAAUAGCGCCGACAUUGCGAUCGAGCGCCCGACCCCAACGUAUCCCAUGCCGAAGAAGAGCGAAGGCAAGAUAUUACGACCACAGUACAAGGAGAUUUUACGAGACCCAGCAAAUUCGUUACACCUAAUCAACUACCCCUCCGUUCCGUCCAACGCGUCGGCCAAGGAAGCAGACGCAAUCAAUUCACGAAUAACACGCAUCAACAAGUUCAAGAAGCUGCUGCAGGCAUCAGCUAUCUCGCUCCCGGAUCUGCGCUCGCUCGCAUGGUCAGGGGUUCCCGAGGAGGUCCGCGCCAUGACGUGGCAGCUGCUCCUCAGCUACCUCCCGACGAACAGCGAGCGGAGGGUCGCGACGCUGGAGAGGAAGCGCAAGGAGUACGUGGAUGGCGUCCGACAAGCGUUCGAAAGAGGCGGAACGAACUCGGCGAGCCCCGGCCGCGCAAGAGGGCUGGACGAGGCAAUCUGGCACCAGAUCAGCAUCGACGUGCCCAGGACGAACCCUCAUAUCGAGCUCUACAGCUACGAGGCGACGCAGCGAUCGCUGGAGCGCAUCUUGUACGUCUGGGCCGUGCGACACCCGGCAAGCGGAUACGUGCAGGGCAUCAACGAUCUGGUGACGCCGUUCUGGCAGGUGUUUCUGGGCUUGUACAUUGCGGACAACAACAUCGAGACGGGCAUGGACCCGGGCCAACUGCCCAAGUCGGUGCUCGAUGCGGUCGAGGCCGACUCCUUCUGGUGCCUCACCAAGCUCCUCGACGGAAUCCAAGACCACUACAUCGUGGCGCAGCCGGGGAUACAGCGCCAGGUGGGCGCCCUGCGCGACCUCACGGCGCGCAUCGACUCGACGCUGUCCAAGCACCUGGAGAAGGAGGGCGUGGAGUUUAUCCAGUUUAGCUUCCGCUGGAUGAAUUGCCUGUUGAUGCGAGAGAUCAGCGUCAAGAACACCAUCCGCAUGUGGGACACCUAUCUUGCCGAGGAGCAGGGCUUCUCCGAGUUCCACCUCUACGUGUGCGCCGCCCUGCUCGUCAAGUGGUCCGACAAGCUCGUCAAGAUGGACUUUCAGGAGAUCAUGAUGUUCCUGCAGAGCCUGCCCACCAAGGCCUGGACGGAAAAGGACAUUGAGCUGCUCCUCAGCGAGGCCUUCAUCUGGCAGAGCCUCUACAAGGGCUCUGCCGCGCACCUCCAGAGCGGCCAGCCCAGCAAGCCGCUGCUGACGAACCUGCAGCUGUGA